AUGUAUUCGUCUUCGAACUCCUUUCUCGGCGGCGCAAACAGCGCUCGUCAGGGACAACCACAAGCAUCACCUUUCGGACAGCCGCCACCGCAGCAGCAACUACAGCCAGGAUUCGCUCAGCCUGGUCUCGCCGCCCAACAAACAGGGUUCCCUGGCACUCAACUCCAGCCUCAGUAUACUGGAUUUCCAGGUAGUGCUGCUGCUGCUGCCCCUCAACCAGGCUUCCAGUCCUACGGCCAACCGUCGCCUCAACCGCCGCAGUCGCAUUUACAGCCGCAAUUCACCGGUUUCCCGGCCCAGAACCAGCAGCUAUCCGCCGCGCAACCACCACAAGUUCCGCAGCAGCAGCAGCAAGCUGCAUUUCCCAAUGCGUCGGCUGCUGUGCCAUCGAUCGCCGUGCACAAAACCUCGGCCCAGGUCGCGCAGUCCUUCCAAGAUAUCGAUGGGGCCCGGCCCCCUUUGCCACCGAAAACUGGCUCGAGGAUACCGAAUAUUAGGCUAUCGUUUAUCACGGCCCAGGAUCAAGCUAAAUUCGAGCAGUUGUUCAAAGCUGCUGCUGGAGAUAGCCAGACAUUGGAUGGAGACAAGGCUAGAGAUCUCUUGUUGCGGUCGAAGCUGCCCGGAAGCGAAUUGUCAAAGAUAUGGGUCUUGUCCGACACUACCAAGUCCGGCCAGUUAUUCUUCCCCGAGUUCGCUCUCGCAAUGUACCUGUGCAACUUGAAAUUGACUCAGAAGGAUGUUCCGGAUACUCUGCCUGAGCGAAUCAAAAAUGAAGUGUCUAGCAUGGUCGAUAUCAUAUCAUUCGGUGUACCUGACACUCAGCCAGCUGCUCCGCAGAGCAAUGCUCCCAAGUUUGAUGCUCCUCUCAUGCAGAACUCGGCGGCUCCUCCUGCUCCCAAACAACCUCAGCCACAGCAGCCGUCAAACUCGCAGCUUCUGAGCCAGCUUACUGCUCAACCUACUGGUUUCUAUAACCAGGCCACUGGCUUCCAGCCUCAGGGUGGAUUUCCAGGUCAAUCUCAGACGCAAUCUUCCGGUUUUCUGAGCAACCCACAGGCGACUGGAUAUAACGGCCCACGCCCUCCCAUGCCUCCCAUGCCUACUGGGUUUGGUUCGCAGCUAUCCCCGUCGCAGACCGGAAUGGCUCCGCUCGCUGCCCAGCCAACAGGUGUCCCCGGCCAGUGGGGUUUUGUUAACACUCCCUCAACCGGUCUGCCAAAUAUUGAAGCUCUGAAGCAGCAAUUGAUGCCUCAACCUGGCCGCGAAGGUGGAUUUACUACAGCUGGUCUAUCAGGAAAUGCAAACAUUCCAUGGGCUGUCACCAAGGAGGAGAAAAAGAUUUAUGAUCAGCUGUUCCGGGCUUGGGAUGGUUUACACAAAGGGUUCAUUGGUGGAGAAACUGCCAUCGAGAUUAUGGGACAGAGUGGUCUUCCGAGAGAGGAUCUCGAAAGGAUAUGGACGCUCUCCGACCCCCAUAACCGAGGUCGAUUGAAUAUGGAUGAAUUUGCUGUUGCAAUGCAUUUAAUCUAUCGAAGAUUGAAUGGCUACCCAGUUCCAAACCGUUUGCCACCAGAACUAGUGCCACCGUCUACAAGGAAUCUAAACGAUUCGAUCGGCACCGUCAAGUCUCUUCUUUCUCAAGAUGCGGAGACCCGAAAAACAACUGGUGCUUUUCUUCAGCCGCAGAAAACAGGUGUCAGCUAUUUGAAAGACCAUUCUUUCCGCGGCGGCGCAGUUUCUCCGGGUGCAGCAGGCCGCAGAGAUGCGACGCUUUACAAGAACAAUGACGAGUUCGUAGGAUACAAAUCUAGCGCUCGUCGUAGAGUUGGUAAUGGUGGUAGGACACCGUCUCCAGCAGCGUCGUCCUCUCAGAUUUCGGAGAGAUCCGAAGACGAACUGAGCGUCGACCAACUCAAAAAAAAGAUUCGGGAAACAAAGAUCAUGCUCGACGCCGUUGACUUCCGAGAUCAAAACCAAGCCGAAGAGGAUGACGUCAUGGAUCGCAGAGACCGAAGAGAAGCAGAAACUCUGAUGGAUCGUAUUCGUCGGGUUCAAGAUGAUAUUGACACAAACCCGAACUCUGCUUUCCGUAACGUGGAUUCAGGAGCAGAGCGCCGCUCCUUGCGCCGUCAACUCCAAUCCUACCAGGAUAAGAUCCCUGAAAUCGCCUCCAAUGUGAGGAAAGUUGAGAGAGCUAUUGCCGAAGCUAGGCUAGAGCUCUUUCGUCUUCAGGAUGCCAAGGCUCAUCCUAAUAGUGCAUUGAACAUUAUCGGAACAGGUCCAGGAGGUGCCAUUACAGAGGCUGAUAGGAUUAAAGCCCGUGCGAGAGCUCGAAUGCAGGCACGUGCCGCAGAGUUGGCUGGACGCCCUGCCCCUGCCGCAUUAGAUGAUGAAGGGGCAGCUGCUCGGCGACUCGAGGAGGAAAAUGUCAAGAUCAAAGCGGAGCGCGAGCGUAACGAAGGAAUGACGAGAGAUGUGGAGGAAAGUGUAAAGGAAUUUUCCCAGAGCCUGGAAGACAGUCUCAAGGAUGGAAGUGAGAACUCAACUCGCGAGCACGAGAGACGUCGAUGGGAGGAGGCUCUUGGCGUCGAGGAUACAAUUAGAGAUUUCAUUUACGAUUUGCAGCGUGGCAGUCGUACUGCGAAGAUUCGCAAGGAAGAACAACGCACAACUGCUGAAUCCCGAGAGCCAUCUUCAUCGAGAAGAACUGAGCCAGUGUCCCGACCUCAACCUACCUCCAAAGAUUCUUCUGCAUCACUUGCCGGUCUUACUCAUGAAGAACGUGUGGCUUCUGCGAGAGAGCGCGCACAAAGGCGCAUUGCAGAGCGUAUGGCUGCAGCUGGUCUCAAACCAAGCACUGACGCAGGUGAUACUUUACAGCAGCGCCAAGAGCGCGAAAGGAAGGAGCGUGAAGAAAGGUUGAGGAAGGCAGAGGAAGAGGAUGCCAAACGAGAGCAAGAAAGACAACGUCGUCUUGCCGAUGAACGAAGCCCCGCACCUUCGGCUAAAGCAGCCGGCAAGAAACCGCCUCCAGCUCCCCCAUCGCGCAAAGGUAGAUCAGACAGCGCCAGUCAAGCUGAAUUGAAGAAGCUUGAAGAUACUGCGAAGGCGGAAGAUAAUGCAGCCAAGGAACAAGCAAUACGCGAAGAGCAAGAAGCACAAGAAGCUGAGACAAAACGACUUGAGGAGGAGGCUCAAAGACAAGAGGACGACCUGCAAAAGGAGCGCGAAGCUCAUGAAGCACGCCUUCGUGCUCUCGAAGAACAGGUUCGUGAGGGUAAAAUCAAGAAGCAAGAAGAGAAACGAAGGAAGCAGGCAGCAGAGCGAGAAGCAAAGGAAAAGGAGGCCAGACUGGCUGCUCAAAGAGCCGAAUUGGAGGCAGCGAAAGAGCGUGAACGGCAACUACAACGCGAGCUUGAGGACCUUGAGAAUCAGAGUUCUUCUGACGACGAAGAGGGACCGAUAGAUAUUACUACUCCUCGGGACAGCACUCCUCGAGUUCUUUCGCCUCCAGUUGCCCCUGUCUCUUCCCCGCCCCCAGUUGUUGCUACCACGACUGACCCAGCUGAUGUGCAGCCGAUCCCACCAGUAAAUGGGUCCCCAUCUAGCAGUCGUGCCGCCGCCGAGUCAAAGAAUCCUUUCUUCCGGCAGCUGAGUCAAUCCACGGAAGUCCAACAACCUGCAUCAAUUUCUGCCCCAUCAGUCGAAAAGGCGGCAAUCACUCCUUCAGAAGGACAAUCUACCAAUCCAUUCUUCAGGCUUCAGCAACAGCAUCAACAGCAGGAAGAAGAAACAAAGGCUGUUCCUGUUAGUGUACCAAUCAUCACCGGCCCUCUGGAACGCAAGCCUCGCGCACGUCCUGAGUUUGAGGAUGACUGGUCUGCCGCCGGGUCUGACAACGAGUCAUCUGAUGAGGAGGAUGAUGAUGAUGAUCGUGUUGGAGGUGGAAGCGCAAAACAGCUGGCUAGCAUCCUCUUUGGUACUAUGGGACCUCCCAGACCUUUGAGCGCGAUGGAUGAGUCAAAAUCUGCUACUCCGGUGCAAGAAGCUAGUCCCUCUGCGCCUCCGCCGGUGGUAGAGGCAACAGAGACCCCAUCACCACCUGAAGCUUCACUUGCAGCGGCACCUUCUGCUCCACCACCUCCUCCUCCACCACCCCCAGGUAUUGCUGCACCUCCGCCGCCGCCUCCUCCGCCGCCAGGUGGUGCACCGCCACCCCCUCCUCCGCCUCCGCCGGCCGGGGGUCCCCCGGCCGCAGGGGGGGCUCCAGAUCGUAGUGCCUUGCUCUCAUCCAUCCGAGCUGGAACAGGAUUGAGGAAGGUUGAGACUAAAGAUCGAAGCGGAAGCUCUGUUGCUGGUCACGUUCUGUGA